AUGGUAGCUGCCACGCAGAUCGAGGCUCUCACACCCCUCGACCUCUCCCUAGUCGGCGGUUACAUCCCAGUGAUCUACACGUUCAAGUCCAGCGAGAACACAUCAGCGAUUAUACCAUUCCUCCAAAGUGGCCUCGACAAGCUCAUCGUCCAGCUCCCCUGGCUAACCGGCCACGUCGUGGAAACAACAACCGACGGCCUCCACAUCCAAUACGACACAUUCAAGCCGAUCUCCAUUAUAGACAAAGGCACAAUUGACGCCUCCUACAAUGUCCACGCCGCGCAGGGCAUGCCUCCAGAAGCUAUCCCAAUGACCGUGUUUCCAAUGCUCCCAAGAACCAGCAAUGUGUCCGUGGAAAAGGGGAUGAGCUCGGGAGAGGCCGUCUUUUCUGCAAGCGUGUUUCGGUUUGGAGAUGAGUGCGGGAUAGGGCUGUGCGAGGUGAUGCGUUUGUGGACCGAUCACAUCACCGCCGCCGUGGUACCAUCCGGAUCGACUGCCGAUGCUUCGUUCAACCCAAGACCGAGACUCCCUCGCCUGACGGAAGCCAUGGACACAGAGCUGGCUGCUGUGGAGGCUAGCGGCGCAUCGACAGACGACCUCUUCGCCCUACAUCCUGAGUUCUCGCGCGCCCCCGUCCUGAACCCGGCCCAGGUCCCCAACUGCACGCCGAAGAUCUUCACGAUCCCAUUGUCGCGGAUCGAAGUAAUCAAGCGCCACAUCGAGCUCUCCCUGCGCUCGAUGGGCGUAGCAGUGACCACGAACAUGGUCGUCACGGCCAUCCUCUGGGCAGCCGUCACGCGAGCACGCAUGCAGCGCGAUCCCAGUCUGGCCGGAGAGCAGACGCGCCUUGUGACGCCCGUCAAUGUCCGCUCGCGCAUAGGUCCGACCUUCUCCAGCCGGGCGGACCCGUACUUUGGGAACGUCGUUGUGCGCGCCACGGCAAACGUUCCGGCUGAACGGCUGGGGUUGGGAUUGACCUCGAGUAGCAGCUCUACGUCUGGGUCUGCAUCUUCAUCUGCAUCUGCACCUUCAUCCCUUGUCAGUAUCUGCCGCUCCAUCGCGAACGCACAGUCCCUCACCAGCAUAAACGCACGCUUCAUCGCCGAGUGCUAUACCCUCGCCGACCGGGCCGAUUUCCUGUCCAUCUACUCCGGGUCCUUCGAGUUUCUUCGUCAACAGCUGGGCAGAUCUCGACGUAUACGGGAUGGACUUUGGAGGGGGGCUUGGACGUCCUAG